UUAGCGGACGUCGCCAUGGUCUCGGGCUCCUCUCUCCCCAGACCUUCGUCUUGGGCCGCCCUCACCUCUUGGGACUCCAUCUACUAGGGUUGUCUGUGUCAAAUUUGGUGAUGGAGACCUCAACCUAGACAGGAAUUGGGAGGGCCUGUAGGAGGAGCUCUCACACCUUGUAUCAGUCAGGAAAGUCCUACAGGAAGAACUCUAGAAUUACAACAGAACUCUAUGGUCGUGCCAGCCCCUCCCCUUGACUUCCUAUGCCUCUCUAUAAAACAUUUCCUCCAUCUUUGUCCUGGCGGAACUUGCACGUGGCUCAGCAUGUUUGCAGGGUACUGGAAUGCAACUCUUCCCUCCACUCCCCAGUAAAUACUUUUUGGUAACAAAAUGCCUAGUCGACUUUUGUUUAUGGACAAAAUUUGGGGACGUCCAGAAUCCAGAAGAGAAACCCCGAUAGCUCCGGGCUUGGGGGUGUUGGGCGGGCAAACAGGUGCUGGCGCCCAAGGAGCUGUUUUGAGCUCACUGUCUCUUCCUCAAUUCAGGAGCUGGAAAGGGUACGGUGCCAAGACCCACACCUGCAUUAUUAACGUUCACAGGCUCCUGGUACAAGCACGUGGCGAGUCCCCGCUACCACACCGUGGGCCGCGCCGCUCGCCCUACGUGUGGCGCCGCGCGCUGCACCCCGCUGCGGAGUCCCUUGCCUGGGAUACCCUUGGCCUGGGCGCGGCCCCUAAGGGGCUGUCUUCCAGAGACACCCUGUCGUCGGGGCCUGCCGCCCGCGAUGCUGUCCUGCCUUCCUCCGGGGUUCAGGAACUGUGGGGGGUGCGACACAGCAGCUCCCGCGCAGGGCUCCCGGUCAGUGCGCCCCGGAGCCCGCGCCUGAACCUGAGCCGCGGCUGGACGCGGAUUCCUGGACCUCAGCGGAGCAGGCCAGAGACUUCGGAGUCUCUCGCUCAGCCGUGAUUCGUACAGCGAACCGCCUUCGCGGCCCCUCACCUCGCUCCUCGGCCGUCCUGAGCUCAG